GGAAAUUUCAUUACCGAACCUCUUCAAAGUCUCUGAUGGGGAGGCCAUCAUCCACCAUCCACAUCCCCGACAGACGACGCCGUUCCGAUCACGAGAACGGGCGAUACCCGCGGCACUCCGACUCCUCCGGCGACAACCGCUACCAGCGUCGCAGCCCCAGCUACGAAAGCUACGACAAUCGCGGCCACCGAAACCCAUCGGGCUCGCCACCCAGACGAAGCCCUAGGGGCAACAGAGGAGGCCCAGACUCUUUGGCCCGGCGUCGGAGCCCCAGCUAUGAGGACUACGACCGACGCCACCGAAAUCGGUCGGGCACGCCUGAUUACCCAAACCCUAGAAGAAGCCCUAGGGCUAAUGGGGGGCCGGACUCUUUGCCGAAGAAAUUCGGGCGGGGAGGGAAUAUGGACCGGGGGAGGCGGUCAGAGUCGGAGGAGUCCGAUGACGAGCUGAAGGGGCUGAGCUUCGAGGAAUACAGAAGGCUCAAGCGGCAGAAGAUGAGGAAAUCAGGGAAGUUUUGUAUUUGGGAAUUGACGCCCAGCCCGCCUAGGUUUGAGAACGAUGAGUUCGAAUUGGUGGGCAAGGCUGAUGAGAUUCUGGAACGGUAUGGCGAGGAGGAGAAGAUGGAACCGAAGGACAAGAAGAAUGAGAAGGAGAAAUCUGAGUCCGAAUCUGAAUCGGAUUUGGAAUCGGAGGAUUUGAGGUCGAGGGGGAGGAAGAAGAGUUCGGGUUCAAAGCGUAGGAGUAGGAAAUCGAAGUAUAGUGACAGCGAAUCGGAGAGCGAGAGCGAGAGCGAAAGCGACUAUGAAUCGGAUGAAGAGGAGGAUCGGAGACGGAGAAAGAAGUCAAAAAGUAGGAGUAAGAGAAGCAGGAGCAGAAGAGAAAGGAGAAGAAAGAGGAAGAGCAGGCAUGGUAGCAGUAGCGAGUCCGAUGAGAGCGAAGACAGUGAAAGUGAGGGUUCAGAUUUAAAGAAGAAGAAGAAACAGCGAAAGUCUCGCAGUAGGAGUAAGAAGAAAGAGUCGGAAACUGAAAUGGAGAGUGAGAAAUCGGAUUCGGAGGAGAAGGGUUUGGAUUCUGAGGUUGAUGCCAAGGCUGCUGCUUUAGUGGAAGAGGAGGUGAUGAAGGAUGAGAGUAAUGCGGAGGCAUUGAAGUUUAAGGAGAUUUUCGAAGCUCAGAAGAUGCUGUCACUGGACGAUGAACCAGUGGUUGGGCCAAUGCCGUUGCCUAGAGCUGAAGGGCAUAUUAGUUAUGGUGGGGCUCUUAGGCCUGGUGAAGGUGAUGCCAUUGCACAAUAUGUUCAGCAGGGGAAGCGUAUUCCGCGGAGAGGAGAAGUGGGUCUUUCGGCUGAUGAGAUUCAGAAGUUUGAGAACCUUGGGUACGUAAUGAGUGGUAGUAGGCACCAGAGAAUGAAUGCCAUUCGUAUUAGGAAGGAAAACCAGGUUUACAGUGCUGAGGAUAAGCGGGCUUUGGCCAUGUUCAACUACGAGGAGAAGGCGAAGCGCGAGCACAAGGUUAUGGCGGAUUUGCAGCGACUGGUUCAGCGCCAUAUCGGGCAGGAUGUCGGGCCUACUCACGACCCAUUUUCGGGGAAGGAAAAAGAGAUUGAAUUUGCUGAUACAUAGUUUCAAAUAUCAAAUUGUGGAAAUCAACCAAGCUAGUGAUUGCAUUCUCAGUUCUCAAUCCCUGCAAAACUCCAUUGUUCGCUGCCGCGAGAAGUUGAAUCUACAGAUUCUAAACAGUCACUCUUGUGGUUGAUGGUUUUGAGUUUCGGAAUGUUGCUUAUUUGUUUUCAUUGCCUUCAUCUUGUUGGAGUUUGUUAGAUCUAAUGUAUAUAGAAAAUGAUGACUACUUGCCACGUCUUGUUGGAGUUCUGUGUAGAUUUUCGUGUGAUGGCAGAGAAUUUAAAUGUUUAUAAAGGAGCUUGUACUUCGCUUUUUGAAUUUGGUAAGUCGUGCAUGAGGAAGAAUUGAACUGGGGGGAUUUCAGUACUAAAAAUGCAAUCACUGAACUAGGAGUAGAUAUCUGUUUAAAUUUUUGUUUCCUUGUUGACUGAGACGGAAUAUAGGUAUAGAUAGGUACUUACAAUUACGGACAUGAAAUAGGUAAUAUCGGAAUAUAUGUGGUUGGUCAUAUGUACAAGUACUUCCUAAUUGGAUUCCAAGUAUCGGUACUUUCAAUUAGGGACAUUUUAUAGGUAUAUCAGAAUAUAUGUCGCUGGUCAUUUGUUUAAGUACUUCCAAUUAGGGACAUGUAAGAGUGGUGGUUUUUGGUGCGUCUUUCUGCUCUAGUAUACACAAGUUGCCAUGAAAGUUUUGUUUCAGUGUAAAGAACUGUUAAGUUUUUUGCAGCAUGGCUGUUGGAGUUCAUAUUUUCAUGGAGCUUACUACGGUUUCUAUGCUUUUCUUUCAUAUAAAUUUGACUUUCUGUUCUUUGAAUGUUCUUUUAUUUUCCCCCUUUUCGUUUGCAUAGUUGAGGGGGAAGUGUUGGUUGGUGUUGACGUUUAUGCUAUUUUUUUCAAGGAAGAUGUUUGUGCUGUUUACCUCUUUUUUU